AUGUUCAAGAAGCCGAAUACGGUGCUUGAGCACUGCAACUACGCCGUGAACAGCUAUUUCCAAAAGAACCCCCAACAAGCCACAGCCUGUGAUUUUGCCGGCGUAGCUACUAUUACUAAUACGGAUCCAAGCAAAAAUACUUGUAAAUAUCCUCUAGCUGGGAGCUCCACAUCCACUACAAUGACUCCACCAACCACGGGCAUGGGAACGGGCACAGGCACAAGUACAGGCACGGGACCUUUCGUAACCCCUUCGACUGGAGGUUCGAUAACUGGGACCACCGGCAUGGGCCCCACCACCGACUUGAGUGAUGGAGGAGCUCGACUCACCCGGACCAUCCUUUUGUGCUCGUCCAUUGGCCUCGUUUUUGCAUCACUUGUCUUCUGGUAA